AGAUACUCAAGGUCCCCACCACUCCAAGGCUUCAAAAGCAGUCAACAACUGGGCGUGAGAAAGAAUGGCGGUUGGCUAGGAUUCCUGUAGAGAGCGGCCAGGAUGCAGCUUUCCUGAAUCCUCACCAUACUGAGGUACUCAUUUUGUGAUUUAGACGACGUGUGUACAUAUAUGAAGAGGAGAUUAUAAAUGAAUGGGGAAAACUGCAAUUCCCCAGCUGUGGGAAAGCAGUCAUAUAGAGGCUGGUCCCCAAGAAAAACGAACUGAAUUUCAAUUCGACUCAGGAAGUGCUGCGUUUCCAGCUUGACCGCUGCCGCGUUCACGAGUGCUGUGCAGCGCUGAGAUCGUCAUAUCGUUACUGAGGAAGACAAAACUGGCAGAAAGUUCCAGACUCUCUGAUCCAUUUGAAUGGCUGAGAUGGGAGGUGACAGCCCGAAACCUCUGGCUCCCUGGUACAAAUGAAGUCUCAGGUUACAGUGUGAACCGGCCAGAAAAGCAGCGGCGCGCUAGAGCCGCCCAGGCCAGAGGGGCGAGCGGGGCCCGUUGCGGGUGACGACCAUGGCCACACUUGGCUGCGCUCCUAAGGAUGACGGCGAGGGUAAGGAUGAAGGAGGGAGUGAUCGAGGCGAUGGCGACCCAAAGCCUAAAGGCAAGAAAGAAGUGGAGGCACACACGAGACGGGAAGCGGACGAACGGGCCGUGCGCAUCCCCAUCCCGGAAGUGCUCCAGCAGCGGCUGGCGGACGACUGUUACUACAUCAACCGCAGGCGGCGGUUGGUGAGGCUGCCUUGCCAGACCAAUGUGGGCGCCAUCCUUGAGUGCUACGUGCGCCACUUCUCGGCAAGCGCACUGGCCUCGGGGGACCGCCGGCCGCAGCCCCAGCGCGCGGCGCCCGAGAGGAGCGUGGGCCUGUGCCGAGAGAUGGCGGACGGGCUGCGCAUCACCUUCGACCACGCGCUCCCCUUGGUGCUGCUGUACCCUCAGGAACAGGCCCAGUACGAAAUGGUCACUUCCUCCACCUUUUUCUUCCCCACCGAGGAACGAGCGAGCGAUGCGGGCAGGAGCCAGGAGGCGCCCUGGCCCGGCCCGUCUCCCCCACAGCCCUCCGAGAGCCAGGCCAUGGCGGGGCCAACCGCCCCCAAGAGGCGCAGGGUGGAGACCGAUGCCGCGCGGGCUCCCAGGCGGUCCACCCGCCACAGCACCCACUGCCACUGGCAGGCUGAGGACCGGGCCUCGCCCCAGGCCAAGCGCAGUGUGCCCAAGCUGUUCCCGCACUUGCAAAAGACACCUGUGCACAGCACAGCACUUUCCCCCAUCGCUCUGACUCCCGGGAAGGAAGGGAGUGCCAUGUUUGCUGGCUUUGAAGGGACAACUGAGGAAAUAAACGAGAUCCUGUCCUGGAAGCUUGUGCCGGACAACUAUCCCCCGGGACACCAGCCACCUCCCCCCUCCUACAUUUAUGGCGCACAGCAUUUACUUCGACUGUUUGUUAAACUUCCAGAGAUUCUUGGAAAGAUGUCUUUCUCCGAGAAGAAUCUGAAGGCACUACUGAAGCACUUGGAUCUCUUUCUGAGGUUCUUAGCAGAAUACCAGGCUGACUUCUUCCUGGAGUCAGCUUAUGUCUCUGCCUGUGAGGCGCAUUAUAGCAGCAAGAACCCCAGGACAAUCUGUUAAAGUUUUAAAGUCUCUGCAGUCCCACCUGGCUCUGUGUUUUGUGUUCUAGGUUGGCCCACCUUGGGGGAGUGGGGACCCUGAGAGGGGGCAGGCUUCGGUAUUUGAGUUGUUCACAUACUGCAGUUAUUUUUGAUAACAAGUACUUCCUGAGCUUUGUUUUGUUUUCUUGCCUGUACGGAGGUAAAGUUGCUUCAUUAGUUAAUUUAUAAAAAUACAUGCCAUUGCACUAGCUGUAUGUGAGGGAACAUUCAUGAAACUAUGCAUAGGUUCUGCUGUUGUGGUAGACAUCACAAGUGGUCAUUAACGAGAGUUACACUGUUUAGUUUUCUUAGCAUCAAGCAAAAUGUUUUUGAAGACCCUUCUAGUGUGAUGAGAUUGAAGGACUCUGAUCAGCAUAUAUGAGUUCAUAUUUGGACAUAUGGCAAUCUCAAAUUCUGGGGAAAACAAACAUUGACAGCAAAAGAGAAUUUGCAGCUAUAGAAUUUGUAAAAGUUCCCUUUCUGUGAAGCAUUAUCUUUGGUUGUCUAAAUAAAGCAUUUUUGUCUGACAAAAUUUAUUCA